ACGUCAUUGGGCCUUCUCCCGGAAGUGGGUAAAGAUCAACAAGCGGCAGGCAGGCAGGGCGACGCCGGAGUCAGAAGCCAAAGUCCCGAAAGUCUUUCCUGCUUCUCGUCUUUUCACACUUUCUGUUCCUUCAUUCUCCGAGCGAUGGCCUUGUUCGGCAAGCUGUUCGGCGGCAGCAAAGGCGGCAAGGGUCCGAGCCCGCAGGAGGCCGUCCAGAAGCUGCGAGAGACGGAGGAGAUGCUGAGCAAGAAGCAGGACUUCCUGGAGAAGAAGAUCGAGCAGGAGCUGCAGGUCGCCAGGAAGAACGGCGUCAAGAACAAGAGAGCGGCUCUGCAGGCUUUGAAGCGAAAGAAGCGGUACGAGAAGCAGCUGGAGCAGAUCGACGGCACCUUGUCCACCAUCGAGUUCCAGAGGGAGGCCCUGGAGAAUGCCAACACCAACACAGAAGUGCUAAAGAACAUGGGCUAUGCUGCCAAGGCCAUGAAGUCUGCACACGCUAACAUGGACAUAGACAAGGUGGACGACUUGAUGCAGGACAUCAACGAGCAGCAGGAGUUGGCCCAGGAGAUCUCAGACGCCAUCUCCAAACCCGUCUGCUUCGGGGAGGAAUACGACGAGGAUGAACUUCUUGCUGAGCUGGAUGAGUUGGAACAAGAAGAGCUGGAUAAAAACUUGCUGGACAUAGGGCCAGAGAACGUGCCCCUGCCCAAUGUGCCUUCAACCUCCUUACCUUCCAGACCUGCAGCAAAGAAAGUGGAGGAUGAAGAUGACAUGGAUGACUUGCAGCGCUGGGCAGAAGCCAUGUGAUCACUUCAAUAUAUCAUCUGUACUCUCACCUGUAUCGCCAGCUGGACACCCCAUGGACUCAUACUGUGUGCGUGUGCGUGCGUGCGUGCGUGCGUGUGCGUGCGUGUGCGUGCGUGCGUGCGUGCGUGCGUGUGUGUGUGUGUGCGUGCGUGUGCGUGCGUGUGCGUGCGUGUGCGCGUGUGCGCGUGUGUGCGUGUGUGUGUGUGUGUGUGUAGUACUGAAUUGGACACUCCAAAAGAAAAGAUGUUUAUUGUCAGAAUAAUGAAAGUUUCAACAUGACACUAAUUGAUAUGCCCUGAUAUCUUCUUCUUAGCUUUAGCAUCUUUCACUACACCAUUUGUGAAAGUCCUGACUUUUAUUUUGUAUUUUAUCUUUCAUUUCAAUUGAUCUUUUGUUUGAAGUUAUCUUUUAAAUAAUCUUUCAAGUUAUUUUUUAUUUUAUCUUUAAUUUCAAGUUUUCUUUCAUUUCAAGUUUUCUUUCAUUUCAAGUUAUUUCAUUUCAAGUUAUUUCAUUGCAAAAGUGUUUUCCACAUGGAGUGUUUGCUCCUCCUCCCUCCUCUGGUCACACAUGAUGUAAAUAAGACACUUUUCUACACCCUGCUCUCCAGGAGUCCACCUCUCACGACGUCUUCUAUUUCACUUUUUGCCCCUCCUGUCCGAGCCUCUUGAAAAGGAGAGGUCAAUCAUCUCUUUGUAAGGUUGAGUGUUGCUUGCCUUCUAUUUCAUACUUCAAAUCCCUAAUGUAUAUUUUUCAUUGACAAAAAAAGUCCCAGAGGUGAAUUACAGACGGGCAAGCAUGUUUGCUGUUCUAUGGAAUGUUUUAUUUAUCCAGAAAUGAAUAUUAUUUGGAAAAAAAUAAUUAAAAGAAGUCAAUUUU